AUGGCCGAAUUAUCCUUGAAAAAUUGUCUCGACGACUCCAUAAAAUUUUACAAUAAAUCUUCAUACGAAAAUGAAACAUUUGUGUACAAUAGUCGGAAGCGCCGAUACUCGAUGACUUUUUGGAAGUAUGAUCCCGACUGCGAGAACAGAAUCCGUUACUACAGACAACAGAUUCUGGCUUAUUACUUUGGAUACGGUGGAAACAAUCACUACGAUGAAGACGAGUACGUCUAUGUUCAAUAUGGCGGAGUGCUGGGAACUUCGAACCAUUUCACAGUGUCUGAACGGAUGCCGCUCGAGUAUUGUCUCGAAAGAUUUGACAACUCAGUUGUAGCAAAAGGAUAUGAAAAUUUCAAGUCUCUGGUUUCGUUUGAAGGAAAAGAAACUGACGUGGAGAUGCCGUACGCUACUCAGUUGUUGAUCCAAUGUAUUUUUCAAAUAAAAAUUGGUGAAAUUUACAACAAUGGCUGGUACAAACAUUCGUUCAAUAAUUAUUAUAAAAUGCUACGCACAGACAUUGAGGUGAUGUGGAAGAACAGCUCGACCUUUGAUUUAAUUAAGCAAUAUAUUGAAAACACACACACUGAAAAUCAUUAUUUCUUCAAAAUAAAAAUUAACGAUGUCUACAUGAUUAAAAGACAUGGCGAAGAAAAUGGGUAUAAAGGGACUUUACUUCCAAAGAAAUUGAUCUGGCACGGAACAAAAACAGAAAAUGUUGCGUCUAUCUUAUCAAGAGGUCUCGAAGUUGCGCCUCCAAGCUCUGAGUCAACUGGUGCUCACUUUGGCCAGGGAAUUUACUUUACCAACUCGUCUUCAAAAGCUGCAAGUUACUGCGGGGCUAGACGGAAGCAGAGGACUUAUGAAGGAAUAUUGCUUCUCUGUGAAGUUGCUUUAGGUCAUAUGGCACAAUGUUAUACUGCACAAAAUAUGUGUCCGCUUCCGACGCAGUUUAACUCUGUAUGGGGAGUUGGACACUUUGCACCUGAUCAAAAUGUAAAGACAAUUCUUUGGAACGAUGUGGAAGUACCUUACGGACCAAUUAUUGAACGCGCAAAUACCGAUACUGAUUUGGCUCACGAUGAGUUUGUCGUUUAUGAUCCUAAACAAAUUAAGAUCAGAUAUCUCGUUCAUGUUAAUUUUGAGUACAACGACUAUUAUGAUUAUGAUGGUAAUGACGAUUGUGAUUGUCAUGAUGAUGAUGAUUAUGAUGAUGAUGAUGAUGAUGAUGAUGAUGAUGAUGAUGAUGAUGAUGAUGAUGAUGAUGAUGAUGAUGAUGACGACGACGAUGAGGAUGAUGAUUAUUAUUACAAUUAA